AUGGAAUGUCAGACUAAAGUUUCUGUGCAGUUUAGGGCCGCCUUGCUGCAGGCAGAAAUGCAUAUGAACAAUGUUCAGAUGGACCUUCACCAGUACCUUUCCCACAGGAGAAGAAGGCACCACAGGCAACAGCGAAGACGUUAUUGGUCGAGGUCAUGGCUGAGCCCGGAGAGACGAAGGCACCUAUCGCUGUAUUUUCCUAUGUUUAGGUACCUAGCAUUCCUAGCUGUCCAUGAACCUCCUCAAGUUCCCCGAAGGCACAAAGACCGAUACUGUAUGCUCACACUGAAAACAAGGACAAACGAACUUACGCAGCACUUUCUGUUAUAUGAAUAUUGUCGAAACAAAACAGCCUCACAUAUUUUAUUUGUUCUUGCCGACGAUUACGGAUAUAACGACAUUGGUUAUCAUGGAUCAGAAAUCAAGACACCGACCCUGGACAAGCUGUCUGGAGAGGGUGUUAGACUGGAGAAUUACUAUGUACAACCCAUAUGUACACCUACCAGGAGUCAGCUUAUGUCGGGGAGAUACCAGAUUCACACCGGUUUGCAGCACCAUGUAAUCUUGCCAGACCAACCGAAUGCCUUACCAAGAGACAGUCCCACCCUACCAGACAAGAUGAGAGAGGCUGGAUACUCCACACAUGCUGUAGGGAAAUGGCAUCUGGGCUUCUACAAGGAGGAGUAUCUCCCCAACAAUAGAGGAUUUGACACGUUCUUUGGUUAUUUGACUGGAAGUGAGGAUUAUUACACCAAAAGACACUGUUUCGGACAAAAUGUUUGCGGAAAUGAUUUACGAGACAACUUUAAGCCUGUUGUGCCCAAUCCAGAUGAAUACUCAACAGAGAUGUACAGCAAGCGUGUUAUAGACAUUGUCAACAACUACAACUCAUCCAAGCCCAUGUUUAUCUAUCUAGCUUUUCAAGCUGUCCAUGGACCUUUAGAAGUUCCCGCAAGAUACAAAAACAAGUAUACUUUUAUUAAAGACCACAACAGGCAAAUUUACGCAGGUAUGGUAGCUGCCAUGGACGAGGCUGUAGGUAACAUCACUGCGGCAUUCCAGGCCAAAGGAAUAUGGGACGAUACCAUUAUGGUCUUCUCAACAGACAACGGAGGACAAAUUAAAAACGGAGGUAACAACUGGCCCCUCAGAGGAUGGAAGAAAUCUCUUUGGGAAGGAGGGAUCCACGGAGUCGGAUUUGUACACGGGAAAGCCCUACAGGAAAAGAGACGUGUGUCCCAUGAACUUCUACAUGUAACAGACUGGUAUCCUACAUUGGUAGGAUUAGCAGGGGGCUCCCUCAAUGGCACUAAACCCCUUGAUGGAUUCAAUCAAUGGAAAACAAUCAGUGAGGGAGCUAAGAGUCCCAGAGAAACACUACUACACAACAUAGACCCAUUAACCAAGCCUGUGGGAGACAAACUGAAGGGGAGUCCGUUUGAUAAUCGCUACAGAGCUGCUAUCAGGUGGAGAGACUGGAAGUUGAUAACUGGUGACCCAGGCAAUGGAACAUGGGUUCCAGUGCCCACAACUAUGGAGGAUAUCAACAUGGGUGAUGAUACUAGUCAAUCCAAAAAGAACCUGUGGCUGUUUAAUAUCGCCAAGGAUCCAGAGGAAAGAGUAGACCUAUCAUCAGACUAUCCUGACAUGGUGAUGAAGAUGCUUACAAAGCUACAGCAGCAGAACGAGACAGCUGUACCUUGUGUCUAUCCCCCUGCUGAUCCUAACGCUAACCCUGAACGCCUUGGGGGCUGGUGGGGGCCAUGGGAAAAAUAAUUGGAUGCAGUAGUUACUACCUUAUCGUGUGUUCACAGACAGAAUGAUAAUAAUCAUUAUAGUCAAAAGAACUCUGUUAACUUAUGUAUUUUGUAAGCGAUACAUCCCAAAUGCGAAUAUUAUCAUCUGGUGCAAAAUUGUUCUGAACCAUCGAUGGCUUUGUUAUUAAUAGGAGCUACCUGCUUUAAAACGACAAACGUGAAUCAGUGAGAACUGUACAUAUUCUAUUUCACAAAGACGGUUGCUGUUUGAAUCACAGAUCACAUAAACUAGUAUGAGACUAUGAUGUAGCCUUGACCGACAAUAUGGGAUUUGUUUGGAUACUUUUCUAUCUGGUAUACUCCCAUGCCAACACACAUUAUAUAUACAUAUAUGUAGAUACGCGCUACUAAUUGUCAUUAUUAACCUUUAAAACUGGUAAUAUUGUUGAUUAAUUGGAUAAGAAAAUGUUGUUCCUAAAUCCCAUCCUAUAGUUAUAUAUGUUGAUAUUAGUCUCUACCCGUGAGCAGUAAACUCGAAGAUUAAACCGCGUUCCAAAUAUAGCGCUACUUCGUUGCAAUAUCUACUGUUAUCAUUUAAUGACAUUGUAAGUGUUUUUUUUUCUUUUUGUGAAAUAAAUUCGUUUAAUGCCUCGUGUAUUA